AUGGUGAACAGAGGUGAAGCCGUGCGUGAAGGAAGUGGUGAAGCCCUCCAGCUCUUUCAUCCUUGUUACCUUGCCAGCCUUAGGGUAUUUCUUGAGAAAGAACGAGCAUGGCAUGUACCUGAGGACCUUAAUCUUUCAGCUAUGCAGGAAGCAUGCAGGGUUCUUGUUGGGUGCCAUGAUUUUAGUUCCUUCAGGGCAGCUGGUUGUCAGGCAAAAUCACCAAUUAGAACUUUAGAUGAACUCAGUGUCAGUGAGGUAAUACCAAGUCCAAAUUUUCCGUCUUUAAUGGAUAGAGAACGCCAAAAUAAAGUCAGUGGUGAUCCUCAAGGCUGCCACAGAAAAUCUGAAGCUGACAUUCCACUAACGGUAACUAGUGAAGAUGUAGGAUUUGGUAAAAGAAGGCAACAUCGUUGCUUAGUGGUAACAGCUCGUGCACGUUCUUUUCUUUACCAUCAGGUUAGGCUUCUUGUUGGUGUUCUUAAAGCUGUCGGCACAGGAAACUUGACAAUUCCAGACGUUGAAAGAAUUCUGAAUGCGAAGACGGUUACAGCCACAAGUCCAAUGGCUCCCGCAUGUGGUCUCUACCUGGGAGAAGUGAAAUAUGAUCUACCAAGUUCGUAGACAUUGAGUCUUGAAGAAACGCCAUGGACUCAAUUAUAGAAGCUAUAGGUAAAUUAAUGGACCUGGAUUCGUCAAUGUUCAGAUUAUCCUUUGGGAACGUCCAUCUUUGUCUUUUUCGUCCUAAGCCGUAAGUUGGAUAUCCCCUUUUUUGAGGCAAGGAUGUAAGACUGAGUUUCAUAUAUGCAGGUAGAGCUUCAAGAUUUAAAAGCAAAAUAGUGAGUUAGUAUUGACCUAAUCAAGACAUUAGCUUUCCGUUCCAAAUUAAGAGACUGUCUGUUAUCAGAUGCUAGGGAAGCUAUUGUAAUUUGAUGUAUUUUCCAUUUUUAAGCCAAGCUAGUUAAACAAUAUGUUUCAUUUAGAAAUCAAAAUAUAAAUGAAAAACUCUGGUGCUGAGA